UACAAGAGGUCAACAGAGAGAAACAGAGGCAGCUGAGAGGGAAAGUGCGAGAAAGUGCUUGAUCGUUGCUCUCUGUGUGCCAUGGCGAAGAAAGCAGUGCUGAUCGGAUGCAACUAUCCGGGGACGAAGAUCGAGCUGAGAGGCUGCAUCAACGACGCAAGGAGGAUGCACGAUUGCCUGAUCGAGCGUUACGGAUUCUCCGAUGACGAUAUCGCUGUCUUGAUCGACACCGAUAACUCCUGCAUCCAGCCUACCGGGAAGAACAUACGAUCGGCGAUUAAGAAGAUGGUUCGGUCGGCGGAGCCCGGAGACGUUCUGUUCGUACACUACAGCGGCCAUGGCACUCGCCUUCCUGCCGAGACAGGGGACGCCGAUGACACCGGCUACGAUGAGUGCAUUGUUCCUUCCGAUAUGAAUCUAAUCAUCGAUGAAGAUUUCAGAGAAUUCGUGAAGGAAGUCCCAAGAGGUUGCAGGAUCACAAUUGUUGCUGACUCAUGCCACAGUGGUGGUCUCAUAAGAGAUGCUAAGGAGCAGAUUGGAGACAGCACCAACACAAAGGUACAAGAACAAGGCCGUCAUCAUCAAGAUUCAAGCUCUAGUUUUGGAUUCAGAAGAUUUCUUCUUGAAACAAUGGAGGAAGCAAUUGAGUCUCGUGGAAUCCACAUCCCUUCUGCAUUUCGUCAUAGCAGAAGAAGACGCCAUGAGGAAGAAGACAAUGAAGAAGAAGAAGAAGACGAAGAAGAAAGGGAUAUGGAGGAUGGGAUUGUGAAGAAUAGGUCUCUGCCUCUCUCAACACUGAUUGAAAUGCUAAAGCAGAAAACUGGGAAAGAUGAUAUAGAUGUUGGGAAGCUGAGGCUCACCCUUUUUGAUAUCUUUAAGGAAGAUGCUAGCCCUAAAGUGAAGAAGUUCAUCAAGUUUGUCUUCAACAAACUACAGCACCAUGGAGGCGGUGAAAGCGAAGAACAAGAGGGUGGAUUGUUGGGGAUGGUGGGAAGUCUUGCCUUAAAGUUUCUGAAACAUAAGCUGCAUGAAAAUGAAGGGUAUGCAGAACCUGCCAUGGAAACACAUGUAGACAAUAACCAAGAGGUAUAUGCUGGAGGCAGAACGGAUAGUGUUGUAGAUGGGGGAAUUCUGAUGAGUGGGUGCCAGAGUGAUCAAAAAUCAGCUGAUGCAAGUCCUUCUGGGAAUUCUGCAAAAGCAUAUGGCGCUUUUAGCAAUGCAAUUCAGAUCAUCAUUCAAGAGACUGAUGCUCAAGUCACUAAUCAAGAACUGGUUUUGAAGGCUAGGAAGCUGCUUAAGAGUCAGGGUUUUGCUCAAGAACCUGGACUCUAUUGCAGUGAUCACCAUCUUUAUCAAACUUUUGUGUGCUAAUCACAAGUUGGAUCUUCUAAACUUUUCAAGUAUCAGUUGUAAAGAAAUUUUGCUGGAGCAUGUUUGUUCGCACCUGGGCGUUUUACUUGUGUAAUUCUGUAUCAAGUCCUGCAUGUUCGUAUGA